UUGGAGCAGUAUUUGCGAAGUCGUACGGAUUCUGGGCGUACGCUGACGAAUUUCCCGGCACGGGUGCCGAAUCUAUUACCAGUAUCAUUGGCACGGGUGCGUAGCGAGGAACUGUGCAGCACAAGGAGCGAGCCCGACCUUCGACCGAUGGCUCUGGACGAUUAUUCUUGCAGGUGGUUUGUAGCGCUGUUUGAUUAUUCGCACCACAUGAGUCCAAAUGCCAACGCUCAGCAGGAAGAGCUUUCCUUUCGGAAGCACCAGCUGAUUAAGGUUCGUCGCCCUCACUUUUUUCACGACAAACGCUGA